GGUUGGGCGACGAAGGCAGAGUGUUUUCAGCGCUGAGGGCUGGCGCUGAGGAGGCGGCGGUGGCUCCCGGGGCGUUUGAGCGGGCUCAGCCGAGCCCGCGGGCCAGCGCGGAACCGGGCCCGACCGGCGGGGCCGCCCCGGACUCCCCGCGGGCUUUCCUAGCCGCCAUGGAGGACGGCGUCUAUGAACCCCCAGACCUGACCCCCGAAGAGCGGAUGGAGCUCGAGAACAUUCGGCGGCGCAAGCAGGAACUCCUGGUGGAGAUCCAGCGCCUGCGGGAGGAGCUCAGCGAAGCCAUGAGCGAAGUGGAGGGGCUGGAGGCCAACGAGGGCAGUAAGACCUUGCAGCGGAACCGGAAGAUGGCGAUGGGCAGGAAGAAGUUCAACAUGGACCCCAAGAAGGGGAUCCAGUUCUUGGUGGAGAACGAACUGCUGCAGAAUACGCCGGAGGAGAUCGCCCGGUUCCUGUACAAGGGCGAGGGGCUGAACAAGACAGCCAUCGGGGACUACCUGGGGGAGCGGGAAGAGCUCAAUCUGGCGGUGCUCCAUGCGUUUGUGGACCUGCAUGAGUUCACCGACCUCAACCUGGUGCAGGCCCUCAGGCAGUUCCUGUGGAGCUUCCGCCUCCCUGGGGAGGCCCAGAAGAUUGACCGCAUGAUGGAGGCCUUUGCCCAGCGCUACUGCCUCUGCAACCCUGGCGUGUUCCAGUCCACAGACACCUGCUACGUGCUGUCGUUCGCCGUGAUCAUGCUCAACACCAGCCUGCACAACCCCAACGUGCGCGACAAGCCGGGCCUCGAGCGCUUCGUGGCCAUGAACCGCGGCAUCAACGAGGGCGGGGACCUGCCCGAGGAGCUGCUCAGGAACCUCUAUGACAGCAUCCGCAACGAGCCCUUCAAGAUCCCUGAGGACGACGGCAACGACCUCACCCACACCUUCUUCAACCCGGACCGCGAGGGCUGGCUCCUGAAGCUGGGUACGUCCGCUCCCGGGCCCCCUCCCGCCCCUUCCCUUUCAGGGGGCCGGGUGAAGACGUGGAAACGGCGCUGGUUCAUCCUGACGGACAACUGCCUCUACUACUUUGAGUACACCACGGACAAGGAGCCCCGAGGCAUCAUCCCCCUGGAGAACCUGAGCAUCCGCGAGGUGGACGACCCCCGGAAGCCGAACUGCUUUGAGCUCUACAUUCCUAACAACAAGGGGCAGCUUAUCAAAGCCUGCAAGACGGAGGCGGACGGCCGGGUGGUGGAGGGCAACCACAUGGUGUACCGGAUCUCGGCGCCCACCCAGGAGGAGAAGGACGAAUGGAUCAAGUCCAUCCAGGCGGCAGUGAGCGUGGACCCCUUCUACGAGAUGCUGGCCGCCCGGAAGAAGCGCAUCUCCGUCAAGAAGAAGCAGGAGCAGCCCUGACCCCGCCCCCGACACCGUUAUUUAUUUUGGAGCUGCCCCGCCGGGUGGCCGGCCCCCCGGGUCCUGGGGCUGCGGAUCCUGGUUCCCGUCUGGAAAGUUCACCUCUGGCUCCUCACUGGUCAUUUGUAAUUAACACACUGUUGCUAAUCUUAUUCGUUAUUUAACUGC